AUGAAACACAGACCAGAACAACUCAACAUUCGAGAAGAUCCUUUCUAUUUCCCAGAAAUAGACCUCAAUUUCGACCUGGCUGCCUUUGGCAUUCCGUCCGAGGCCUCUAGCGGUGCCUCAACUCGCAGCCUCCCUUCGACCCAGUCUAGUCUACAGAUUAGUGAUGAGGACGGACUUGACGAAUGUGAAAGAGUCGGAGGAGAAGAGGAAGAAGCUGGCCUGGACAUACAUUCUUACAGCACGCCUGGAGGGGUUUCGGGUUUCGGUUCAGGACCAGGAACAAGUUUCCAUGCCGGGAAUGGGAGCAAGUCCCAAGAGCACUAUUCUCUGUUCGAAGAUGAGCCACUCGUUCUCGACAACCCUGUCUUUGACCUUGGUGACGACGGGUUUCUCCAUCCGGCCGUGUCCGCGCUCUUGCAGGACGGAGACGAGGCAGGCAUGGAUCCAUGGGCUGCCCAUGGGGGCAACGUGAGUAUUGGCGGCGACAAUUAUCCUGGGGUCCAAUUGCCCGACGAUCAAAUUCAUUUUGACGAGGACAUCAUCAUGUUUGAAGAUUCGGAGGCUGCAGUCCAGAAUGCUGGAGCUCCAGUGACACCGCAGCGUGCAGGUACAGAGGCACAACAAAGCGAACAUGGCACUUCCCUCACCGAGUCCUACCAGGAGCAAUCAGAGACGGCCGAGGCACCGCAGCAACGUGUGCGUCAGGUAAAGCCUCUUCGACCAGACCAGCGAACAGAGUUGACCAACCGAGACCUGAGCAACUGGAACCAGAACUACCUCGCCAACAUGGAUGAGGCAUACAAGGCAAAGCAAAAUCAAAAGUCACACCGUGAAGCAAAGAAGAAGGCGGAAUUCUGGGUCAUGGAACAAGGUAUCGGCAAUGUUGCCACCAGCUUUGGUGCCGACAGAGAACCGCACCCUCUUGCGAUGUUCAGCGGUCAGUCACUCUGGGACCUGCUCAAGGGUGUGCCCAUCGGUGUCAAAAGAUCGCGCAGCGGCUCCGAAACCGAUGAGGAUGGGGACGAUGAAGAGGCGAGACGAGUCAGAGCCAGAACAACUUCCGACGAAGGGGUAGCUCGUGGGCACGACGUCGGGGGCGACGGCUUCGUCUUUGGUGAUGACGACGAUGUCCCAAUGUUCCCAAGCGACAACUUCAACCCCGAGAGCGAAGUCGGUCGACAAGCGCCUUCCUCGCUGCCCGACCGCUCAUCAGGUAUGCCCUGGAAUGUCUCCGCAUCUCGUCAUAGUUCUGCUCAGCCCUUGGGGAGCGGAUUGGUAGCGAGAUUGAGCUCCAGCGUGGGAGGUCUACCCGGCGGUAUGGAACUCGGUCCACCUUCGGCACUUGGAAGGCGCGGAUCUCGUCUCACCUCUGCAAGCCCUUUGCUGGGAAGAGGCUCCGGUGCGUCUAGGAUCGGCAGCCCUUCACUUCUAACCAGCAAUACUGAAGAUGAGUUCGCAGACCUGGAUGCGCAGCUUGGCCUCGGCACCGACGUGGAGGACUUUGAGCUGUACGGACCGGCCGCUGAUGUCGAUACCCAGACGGCGCAGCAGAGUUCAUGGAUCGCGAUGGCCUUGGAGAAUGAAGCCAACAAUUUUCUCAGUUUCGUAAAGACGAAGAUCAACGAGCAGCCACGUGAUCAAGGGGAGGUCGGUGAGAGUACGGAGAUGUCGAACGGAAUCACGUUUGAAGAGUUACUUCCACCGACUCAGAAUUCGUAUAUUGUUGGCGCUCAGGGCCUUCUCCACGUUCUCGCAUUAGUCACCAGGGGUUUGCUCGAGGUGACACAGGGUGAACCGUUUGGAGACAUUGAAAUUUCAGUUGCCAAUUUUACAUGACUGCUGGAUAGGAGGAGAGAGCAAGGGAACAGAUAUUGAAACACCCAGGUGGUUUAAGCGGGCCUUGUCGGUUCGACGGUAAGAGGAUGCUUUCCGACUUGUCGCG